GAACUUCAAUUUAACCCAAUUCAGUCUUCUCUCUUCCUUUUAAUAUUUGCAUACAAUACAAACCACAAGACAAAACAGACACUUCAACUGAACACAAAAUCUUUCCCUAAUUCCAAUUCACAUAACGGUCUCGAGAAUCCCAAGGCUCUAAGCAAUCUCAACCCAAAUAAUAAAACAUAUAAUUUUAAAUAAAUAAAUUCAGUUUGCUGAUAUGUUCUUUUCUCGCCUCAGUUCUUGCCUAACAAUUAUCCCUCUCCCCACUCUGUUUAAUCUCUCCCAAUUUAGGUCAGAUUUCAACUUCUCUGAAUCAGAGUACCAUGCACAAGACUCUGAUUUUGACAUUUUCUCUUAUUUUUUUCUUAUUCCUGCAGGUGAAAAGUCGAUUCUUUAUUUUGAUAUUUUCAAACUAGAUAUCAAGGGUUUAUAUGACUGCUCUGUUUUUGCUUCAACUUUGGAAAAGAAAGAUUUAUGGGUUAAAUUCAUGGCUACCCGAAUCAAUUUUUGCUCAAUACUCAUUUCAUAUUAUUGAUCAUGGGUUCUGUUAAUGUGUUUCUCCGUAAGAAAUUGGUUUUUUGUGUUGAUUCUUUCUGGGUCUCUGUUUCUACCCUGUUUCUCGCUCUGUUUCAUUUCCUCAGUGGAGCUAUAUGCAGAGUUAAAGACGAUGACUUUUCUCAAAGAAACGACUUGAGUUGUACAGAGCAAGAAGCUAAUGUUACUGAAUUUGAGGAUACAAAAGAAAAUGAUGUUCUGGCGAAAGAAGAAGAAGAAGAGGAAGAAGAAACACCGCAAUUCUUUUUCAAAUUUCAGUAUCAGACAUAUGGUGAGAAUCAUAAGCCAUUUGUUUCAAAUUCUGUAUCCACUGCAACCACAAAUAAGUAUGCAGUCUUGUCUAGUAAAGGUUCUAGUCUCUACUUGGAGAAGCCAGAGGUUUAUAGCCUUACAGUGAAAGAAUUAUAUGCUGAUUCUGUUGCCAAUAAUAAAGAGGUUAUCGAUGAUAGAAUUUUACCUGAGGAAAAAGCAGAAACAGAAUUUAUUUAUGAGGAGAGUAAAGAAGAGGUGACAGAGAAGCUUGAGGCUGAAACAAGCGUUGAAGGGUCUAAUUUGGGAAAUGGAAUGGCAAUUAAUGAGGAGAAGAACAAUGCAUGGAGUGAUCAUCAAGUUUCAAGAGAUGAUGAUAAGUUUCUAUCAGAGAAGGACUUUGUUGCUCCUUAUGAUACUGAUUCUGAUUCUGAUUCCAUCACUUCAAGCCAUGAGGUUAUAAAUCGUUUUGUCCCUUCAAUAAGGGAAGGCUUCUUGUCGGAUAAGAAUUUUGAAGAUGCCUUUGAAUUUGUUACACUGAAAGGUACGGAAAGAGAGUUAGCAGAAGAACUAACUGAGGAAGAAGAGAUGGAGCUGGAUGAUAUAUAUAAUUUGCAGAAUUGUAGUUCUGGGUAUGACCCUGAUGAUUUUGAUGAGGAAGACAGUGAUAUAUUAGAAGAGCUUAAGAAUCUAGAAGAUUCCAAUAUGCAGAAUUCAGAUGAAAAAGAUGUUCAAGGUAACGACAACUUAGAACAGGAAGAAGCAAAUCGCAAUGAUAAGGAAACUAAGGAGUGUUUGGAUGAUUCUGAGAAGUCUGGUUCGCAGGAUUCAUCAGCAUGGGACGCUGAGGAUUCAAAUGGAUUAGAAAGUUUGUGGGAACAUCAAGAGUUGAUAGAACAGCUCAAAAUGGAGCUGAAAAAGGUCAGAGCUACUGGUCUGCCAACGAUCUUAGAAGAAGAUGAGUCUCCGAAAAUAAUGGAAGACUUGAAGCCAUGGAAGAUUGAUGAGAAGUUCCAGCGUGAAGACAGAAUGGGCGAGCUUCACAAGUUCUACAAGAGUUACAGAGAACGAAUGCGGAAAUUCGAUAUCUUGAAUUACCAGAAGAUGUAUGCAUUGGGCUUUCUUCAAUCGAAGGAUCCACUUAAAUCUCUUUCGAGCAAUAAAGUCUCAACUCCAGCAUUGACAUCCCUUCUUUCACAGAAAUUCCUGCUAGGCAAGCGCAAAAAAUCCAGUUCUGAUCCAAUGAUGAGCUUUAUUAAAGAAUUACAUAGCGAUUUGGAAAUGAUUUAUGUUGGUCAGAUGUGCCUUUCAUGGGAAAUCCUUCAUUGGCAAUAUGAGAAGGCGCUAGAGAUAUGGGAUUCUGACCCUUAUGGGAUUCGUUGUUACAAUGAAGUUGCUGGCGAAUUUCAGCAGUUUCAGGUUCUUAUGCAGAGAUUUAUAGAAAAUGAACCUUUCGAAGGUCCAAGAGUACAAAAUUAUGUAAAAAACCGUUGCGUUCUGCGUAGUCUCCUUCAGGUUCCUGUCAUAAGAGAAGACAGCAUAAAAGAUAAACGGGCAAGAAGAAUUGCUGCAAAGGAUGAUGACAAUGCAAUUACAAGUGAUAAACUAGUAGAAAUAAUGGAAGAAUCAAUACGAAUUUUCUGGCGAUUUGUUCGAGCUGAUAAAGAUGCACACACUGUGAUUCAGAAGAGUCGAAGAGGAACUCAGAUUGAACCUCAAGACCCUACUGAAUUAGAGCUUUUGACAGAAGUGCGAACAAGUCUGCAAAAGAAGGAGAAGAAGCUCAAGGAAAAGCUGAGGAGUGGAAAUUGUAUAUUAAAGAAAUUCCAAAAGAAUCAAGAAGAAAGUAGUUCAGAUCAAGUGCUUUAUUUCUUCUCUCAGGUUGAUAUGAAGUUAGUGUCAAGGGUCCUGAAUAUGUCCAAGAUAACGACAGAUCAGCUGAUAUGGUGUAGCAACAAAUUGGACAAGAUCAAUUUUGUUAGCAGGAAGAUACAUGUAGAACCAUCUUUUUUGCUCUUCCCCUGUUGAUGAUAGGCAUGUAGCUCUCUUGUAAUGUCGCACUAAAUCGUCUUCCAUACCUUAAAUUCUUGUUAUACAGAGGGAAUUUUGAUAGAAUUUUUAGAAAAUUAUUACAGUUGUAGACUAAUCCUUUGCAAGAAGAAGAGGCAGAUUGAUGCUGAAUAUUA